UCUGCAUACCCACCUCUAUAUAUACCCAUUGUUCUCCAACGUUUGUAUUUAUAUUUAUUUAUUAUUAUAUUAUUACUAAGCUAUAAGGUUUUUGAGAAAUUUUUGCUGUUCAUUAAAAAACGAGAACCGAAAAUGGCAAAAGAGGGACCUAAUUGGGAUGGUCUACUAAAGUGGAGUCUGUCUCAUGCUGAUGGUACUAAUCCUACUCGCAAUUUGAGUGAGGAGGACAGGAGGUGGUUCAUGGAAGCUAUGCAAGCUCAAACUGUAGAUGUAGUAAAGAGAAUGAAGGAGAUUACUCUUGUAAUGCAGACUCCAGAGCAGGUCUUGGAAUCACAGGGGGUAACUUCCCAAGAUAUUGAAGAUAUGCUGGAUGAGCUACAAGAACAUGUUGAAUCGAUUGACAUGGCUAACGGUCCCCAUGUUAAUAUGUUCAUGCUCCAUGUGUCUAGCUUGGUCGUCGAGAGGAGUGUUAGCAUGUCCCACAUCGGGCGAGAGCAGUGUUUUAAAAGGCAUGGGCGCAAGACGAGGCAUUUUACAUAUGCCUCAGCUAGGCAUAAGCCUCGAGGCACGGGGUAUCUGCACUCAAUUGGUGGAUUGGUGCCUCUUCUUGGUUACUUAAAGAACUCCCAUGCAAACAUUAGAGCCAAAGCUGCGGAAGUCGUAAGUACAAUUGUUCAGAACAAUCCGAAGAGUCAACAGCUGGUAAUGGAAGCUAACGGCCUAGAAUCUCUUCUCUCAAAUUUCACCUCAGAUCCUGAUGUUACUGCCCGCACUAAAGCUCUUGGUGCAAUCUCAUCUUUAAUCAGGCACAACAAGCUUGGCAUUGCUGCAUUUCGUCUUGCAAAUGGUUAUGCAGCUCUAAGAGAUGCUUUGAGUUCCGAGAGUGUGAGAUUUCAAAGGAAAGCCCUUAACUUGAUCCAUUAUUUACUACAUGAAAAUCGUUCAGACUGUGCUGUAGUAACCGAGUUAGGAUUUCCUCGAAUUUUUAUGCAUCUAGCCUCCAGUGAGGAUGGAGAGGUGCGAGAGGGUGCCCUACGAGGCCUUCUUGAUCUUGGCCAAGACAGGACAGCACAGGCGGCAAAUGGCUCGUCAAGUGAAGAUGAUGAAAAACUCAAGCAAAUACUCCAGGAGCGAAUUAAGGGGAUUUCCGCUAUGUCACCUGAAGAUCUUGGUGCUGCUAAAGAAGAGCGGCAGCUUGUGGAUUCCCUCUGGAAUACCUGCUACAAUGAGCCUUCUUCUCUUAGAGAACAAGGCCUAGUUGUUCUCCCCGGAGAGGAUGAUGCAUUACCGCCUGAUGUGGCUAGUAAGCAUUUUGAACCACCUCUGAGAGCCUGGGCUGCAAAUAGGAAUGAUGAUACGAAGCCGAGUAGUGAAAAGAAACAGGCCCCAUUACUGCUAGGCCUAGGUCCACCUGCACAGGAUCCCCCUGCCUAAAAUAGCUCCAGUGAAACCGUGGCUGGGGAAGAAAAUAGAAACGCUUCUGCAUGAUAUACGUUGUUUAGGCAAUACCAGUUCUUUGUCUGAACAUUUCUUGUGACCACAAUUAACUUUGUAUGUUAGAUGCCUAGUGUUUUCUGGAUAAUUUAUCGUCCUUUCUUCUCAUC